AACCCUAGUUAACCAUACCAAUCCCUCUUUUUCGGUUUCAAAACCCAACUAAACCCUCAUUUCACUCCCAUAAACCAGACUCCUCUCUCUCAAAAACUUUCCAUUUUCCAAACCUCAUAACCAUGGCUGUUUCAAACACAAACACCAUGAUAAUACUAAUGAUCUUGAUUCUUACACUAUUCUCAACAACACCAUUACCAACUUCUGGUGCUGCUGCAUCACAUAACAUUACAGAGAUUCUCUCAAAGUUUCCAGAUUACAGUGUUUACAAUGAUUACCUAACAAAAACCAAAGUCUCUGAUGAAAUCAACAGUAGACAAACAAUCACAGUGUUGGUACUCAACAAUGGAGCUAUGGGAAGUUUAACAUCUGGUAAUCAUCCAUUAUCAGUUAUCAAGAAAGCACUGUCAUUACUUGUUAUUCUUGAUUAUUUUGAUGCUCAGAAACUCCAUGAUAUCUCUGACGGUACUACUCUAUCUACUACUCUUUAUCAAACUAGUGGUACUGCUCCUGGUAAUCUUGGGUUUGUUAAUAUUACUGAUUUGAAAGGUGGGGUGGUUAGUUUUGGUUCUGCUGCACCUGGAUCUAAAUUUGAUGCUAAUUACACUAAACCUGUCAAACAAAUCCCAUAUUCACUCUCUGUUUUAGAGAUUUCUGCACCGGUUAUUGCACCUGGUAUUUUAACAGCACCAAACACAUCAGAUGUGAACAUCACAGCUUUGUUAGAGAAAGCUGGUUGCAAGACAUUUUCUUCAAUGUUGAUCUCUUCUGGUGUGUUGAAGAUGUAUGAAUCAUCAGCUCUUGACAAAGGAUUAACAUUGUUUGCACCAUCUGAUGAAGCAUUUAAGAAAGAUGUUGGUAAACCAGAUCUAACAAAAUUAUCAAGUGCUGAGAUUGUUACAAUGCUUCAAUAUCAUGCUAUUCCUAGUUACACACCGAUUGGUACAUUGAAAACAAGUAAAGAUCAUCCAAUCUCAACAUUAGCUACUAACGGUGCAAAGAAAUUUGAAUUAUCUGUUACUUCUGCUGGUGAUUCUGUCACUUUGAAUACCGGUGUUGAUUCAUCUAGAGUUGCUGGUAUUGUUAUUGAUGAAACACCUUUGUGUAUUUUCACUGUGGAUGAUAUUUUAUUACCGGUUGAGUUAUUUGGUACAUCACCAUCACCGUCUCCAUCAUUAGCACCUGAACCAUCAGUAUCAGAUUCUCCUUCUUCAGCACCGUCACCUUUAAGUUCAGAUUCACCUUCUUCAGCACCAUCUCCGGCACCGGAAAGUGCUGAUACACCCAGUCCAUCACCAUCAACAGCACCUUUCGCAUCACCACCAGCACCAGCUUCCGGUGAAUCACCUAAUGGAUCACCAGCUGAUUCACCUGAUAGUUCUGAUGAUUCAAGUUCUGAUGGAAAGAGUCAUGGUGUUAUUGUUCAUGGUUCGUUCUUCAAAACCCUAAUUUUGACUGUUUCUGCUGGUGCUCUACUUGCUUGGAACUUGUGAAGAAGAUGAUGAUCAAGGAUGGCUGAAGAACAGUUUCUCUCUCCUCCUUUUUAGUUAGUUUUUUUUUACUUUUUACUUUUUUUCUGGGUAAUUUUUAUUUAUUUAUUGUGAAUUUUGACUGCUGCGUAUUCUAGCAGAGAUGGUGUUUGUUAUGUUAUUGUGAACUUUGGUGACUAGUUUAAUGAUAUAGUUUGUUAUUAUACUAUGCGUUUCA